ACCACACAAGAAUGUGUAUUCUUGUUAAAAAAAAAAAACAAACACCGCAUCUUUAACUUCCCCAAGAUGAAUAUAUACUGUUUGUUCUUGUUGAUUUCAUCCCCAAAAUCCCAAUUGAUUCUACUUUUCAUCUCGUUUCUUUUUGUCGCAAAAGUUUCUGUUUCAAUUUCAUCACCAAAAUUGAUUUCAUCCCCAAAAUCCCAAUUGAUUCUACUUCUCAGCCUCAUUGAAGGAAACGUGAUUCUAGUCUUCAUCUCGACAAAACGCUCUUCCUUCCUUUUUCCGAUUCUAUUCUCGCAAGCUGCUGUUUCUAUUCCAUACUCCAACUCUGCUUUUCUUCUAAUCAAGACAUUUGUUGUUGCAUAUAUAAGAGAGAGUAUUCUUCAAGAAGAAGAUAAAUAAUGAUGAUAUCGAAGAAGAAAUGAAAGAUCAUGAAGAAGAAGAAGAAGAGAGCUAGAUGUUUAUGUUUUUUUAAUAGGAUAUACAUUUUGAUGAUGUUAGUUUGAUGGUGAAUGCACAUAAUUGUGAUAUACAAUUCAUGUUAGUUUGAUAUAUGGUGAAUGCACAUGUGGAUAUACAUUUAAGAUGUUAGUUUCAUUUUGAAGAUGCAUGGUCUAUUUCAUUUUGAAGAUGUUAGUUUGAUUGUGAAUGAUUGACAAUAUUAGGACAACGUAAUGUUGAU